AUGGCGGCUCUCGCCUGCGCGGUCCCUCGCGCCGCCCGGCCGCGCCUGAGCCAAUCGGGCUGGUUCGGGGCGACUUGGUUCUCUUCUGUGGCGUCUUUCCCUUCAGUUGCGUUGCAGCAGAGACGCAAAAGACCCACGGAGACGCUCCAGUCUCCACGAGUGCCUCGCUUAUCCGCCGCGGGUGUCUCUUCCAUAUGCCCCGCCUCUGGGGGCGCGUCGCCGCAACUGUCUCUCCCCGCCUCGUUUCCUCUUUCUUCUUGUUCCCCUCCCCCGUCGUGCCUCUCCCGGUCUUCCGCCACGUCUUGCUCCUUGUCUUUCUUCUCGUCUGCGUCUCGCUCCUCUGCGUCCGGCUCUCAGGCCCCAGCUGCAUGCGCGGCCGACUGGCGCCUGCGGCACGGCCGCCUCAGGCCCGCGCCGCGCACGGACGACGGUCGGUCCGCCGGCGUAGGGGAUUCUGCGCCCUCGAGGAACCUCGCACCCUCCUCUCUCGGCGUCGCGGCGCCCUCCUUUUGGAGUCUCUUCUCGCAGACGCGGGCCUUCUCUGCGCAUCCCUACAAGCCGAAAAGCAGAGAAGUUUUUCAUCCGCACGUGCCAGCGCCUGAGCAUCUCCCUCCCCCAGGGUACACGCGCGCGGUGCUGAAUCCGAUGCAGCAGUUCAUUCCCAAGGAUUUCUUCAGAGACAUGGUAGUGGACAGCCUCCGCGACGGCGUGAGUCUCGGCUCAGACUUCCCCUGGAACGUGACGCACAAGUAUCGCUUCUGGCGCCGGCGGAAAUACAACAUUCAGAUGGACGACUGUUUCAUUCGCCUCUCGCCCAUCACAGGCGUCGACUACUACCCCAGGUUGAACGUCUUCGCAGUGCAGUGGCGCGAAGACGGGCAGCACCGCAUUCGCUGGUUCCGCGCGGCCUACGGUCUGAAGCGCGCAAUGCGAGCUGCUGAGAACUUCCGCAGGACUCUCGAGGCAACCGGGCGCGUCGAUAACUGGCGAACGGCGCGUCACCUCCGCCAGCAGAUGCUCGAGCGCAGACAGCAGCUGAAGCUGCGCAAGAAGCGCUUCGCGAAGAUCUCGUCUGGGCAGUUCUAG